AUGACCGCCUCGCUGCUCCUCCACUCGCACUGGAUUGACCCGGUGAUGUUUCUCUACGACAACGGCUUGGAUGAAAGAAGCAAGAACAUGGAGGGAUUUACCGGAGGCAAUUUUGCUGCAAACCAGUGCAGGAAUUUGUUAGCGCAUCCAACCUCGCUGGCUCCCAGCACCACCUACACAGCGAGCGAGGUGCCAGUGUCUGGCAUGGGGGAGCCUGGCAAACAGUGCAGCCCCUGUUCUGCCACGCAGAGCUCGCCCAACGCAUCUCUGCCCUACGGAUACUUUGGCAGCAGCUAUUACCCGUGCAGGAUGUCACACAGCGGCGUCAAGGCGUGCGCGCAGCCCUCCGCCUAUGGCGACAAAUACGUGGACUCGUCGGUCUCCGGUGAGGAGUUCUCCACCAGGGCGAAAGAAUUUGCGUUCUAUCAGGGUUAUUCCUCGGGCCCGUACCAGCCCAGCUACCUGGACGUCCCCGUCGUACCUGCGCUCAGCGCUCCAUCUGAGCCCAGGCACGAGUCGCUGCUGCCCAUGGAGCCUUACCAGCCGUGGACCAUCACCAACGGGUGGAGCGGUCAGGUUUACUGCACCAAGGAGCAACCACAGUCAAACCCCCUGUGGAAAUCCUCGCUACAAGACUCUAUUUCUGGUGGAGACAGCUCGAUGCGCCGUGGGAGGAAAAAACGUGUGCCAUACACUAAGGUGCAGCUGAAAGAACUGGAGAGAGAGUAUGCCACCAAUAAAUUCAUCACCAAGGACAAAAGGAGAAGGAUUUCCGCGCAGACGAACCUGACAGAGAGACAAGUGACAAUCUGGUUCCAGAACCGGCGCGUAAAGGAGAAAAAAGUCGUCAAUAAAUUCAAGAGCUCCAGUUAG